GAUUGAAGAUUUUGAUUUGAUUUGUAAUAACUCUCCAGCAAUAGACGCACCGACGCGGCACAGAGCACUGUUUCGAGAAGAGUUUCCGUCUUUUUUCUUUGUCUUCUUUCUGCUUAUGUUGCAACACAGUCUACACACUCCUCGCUGUCAAAGAUUCCCUCUUUUUCUUUGUCGUGCCCUGAAAUUUUCCCGAGAAACAAUCACUAUUACCAUGUUUUCUGUUUCCUACAUCUCUAAAUAAGACACUAGUCCUUUCUGGGUCAUUUUCCUUUUUUUUUUUUUUGUGGGGUGAAAACAAUGGGAUGUUCUGGUUCAAAGUUAGACGAUCUCCCCGCGGUUACUCUUUGUCGAGAAAGAUGUACUUUUUUAGACGAAGCGAUUCAGCUACGUUUUGCUUUAGCUGAAGCUCAUGUUGCUUACACUGCUUCAUUGAAGUUAUUUGGUCAGUCUUUGAAUCAUUUCAUCGAGCAUGAUUUUGGCACCUCUUCGGAGGCGGCGGCGCCUCCUUCUCCGCCGUCUCAUAAUCAACUUAAGAGUAAAGCGUUGGAUCCGGUUGAAGUCGGGUCGAGUUCACCCCAAAAAAGUGCUCUUUCUCACCGCCAUUCCGAUUCCGGGUCUCAUCUUCGGUUCCAUUCGGAUUCGGAUGAAGAUGAUUCGGGCGGGAGUUUGCACCAUUCGGAUCAUUAUUCUCCUUUGCACGACGGCGGUGGCGGUCAUAUAGAGCAUAUACACCAGAAUUAUCCCAAUUAUGGAGCUUUUGAAACUGGGUCUUUUCCAGGUGGGUUUAUGCAUAUGAAUUUUAUGAAGAAACAACCAACGCCGUCUAUUGUUUAUGCACAGAGGCCUAUGAAUCCAGAGACGGUUUAUAUGGGUGAAUCUUCAUCAUCGUCUUAUUAUCCUUAUUCUUUUGUUAGUAAUGAUAAUCCUAGUUCUAGUUCAUACCUUAAUCCGGGUUACCCAAAUUACGGUGGUUUCAGUAAUUAUUCUAUUUAUCCGGCGCCUGGUUAUGAUUCUUCAACGCCAAAGUUGGCGGCGGCAGGGUCAUCCUCGAAGCCGCCACCGCCACCACCUUCACCUCCCAGAGCUUCAGCUUGGGAUUUUUUAAACCCUUUUCAGAAUUAUGAAAGCUACCAUCCUCCUUGUGAUUCGAGUAGGGACUCGAGGGAGUUGACAGAAGAGGAAGGGAUCCCUGAUUUGGAAGAAGAGGAUUAUCAACAUGAAGUAGUUAAAGAAGUGUAUGGAGAUCAGAAAUUUGUCAACGGCGGCGAGCAUCCCAUGCCGCCAGAUGAAGACGGCGAUGGCCAAGUUGCUAGCAAUGAAGCAGAGUCUUCGCAUUAUAAGGCGAGGCCGAGUGAUGGAAUGGAAAAUGAUGGGGUAGAAUAUGAGGUUCAUGUGGUGGAUAAGAAAGUUGUGGAUGAUAAGAAGGCUGAGGAUCAUGACAAUGGACCACAAGCCGCUCCUAGGAAUGCUUUUGAAUUGGCUCGAGAGAUACAGGUUCAGUUUGUGAGAGCUUCCGAGUCAUGUAGUGAAAUUGCCAAGUUGCUUGAGGUGGGAACACUUCGUUAUCAGCGCAAACAUGGUUCCAAGAUGUUGGAUGCAGUUACUCCUUCAUUAUCAGUUGUAUCAUCAUCUCAGCCAUCUACUUCUGAAAGUGCCACCUCUUCAUCUUCGACCGACAACACCGAUCCAGCUUUACUAGACUUUGGUGAAGAAUUGGCCAGGAAGCCGAAAAACCUUUCCUCUACUUUGCAGAAGUUGUAUCUUUGGGAAAAGAAACUCUACAAUGAAGUAAAGGCUGAAGAGAAGAUGCGGGUAGCUUAUGACCAGAAAUGCCGGAAGUUGAAACGACUGGAUGAAAAGGGUGCUGAAGCUAAUAAAGUUGAUUCAACCCGGAAUAUAAUCAGGAGCCUAUCGACAAAGUUAAGAAUUACAAUUCAAGUUGUUGACAAGAUAUCUAUGACCAUCAAUAAGAUCAGGGAUGACGAACUAUGGCCGCUGCUCAAUGAACUGAUCGAAGGGUUAAGCACAAUGUGGAAAUGUAUGCUUGAAUGCCAUCAUAGUCAGUAUAAGGUGAUUAGAGAAGCCAAAACAUUAGGUUCUGUCGGAUCGGGCAAAAAGAUAAGCGAUGAUCAUCUAAAAGCCACGUUGCUGCUCGAGCAUGAACUUAUUAGUUGGACUCUAAGAUUCUCCCGGUGGAUAGGUUCCCAGAAGGGUUAUGUCAGGGCUUUGAAUAACUGGCUUCUGAAAUGUCUUUACUAUGAACCUGAAGUGACAGAUGACGGAAUAGCUCCCUUUUCACCUAGUCGGGUCGGUGCGCCUCCGAUAUUCGUAAUAUGUAACCAAUGGUCACAGGCAGUGGAUAGAAUAUCUGAAAGGGAGGUGGUUAACUCGAUGCGGAUUUUUGCCAUGAGUCUACUCCAGAUUUGGGAACAAGAUAAGUCCGAAAUGCAUCGGAGAAUGAUGAUCAAUAAGGAUUUAGAGAUAACAGCCAUGAAUUUGGAUAUAGAGGAUCAAAGGUUACAGAAAGAUAUCCAAGCAUUGGAUAAGCAAAUCGUUUUGGUCUCCGGAGAUGGCAAUAGUCUCUCGGUAUCAGGACAAGUGUAUCAGAGUGAGACUAGCAACGGAAAUUUGCAAGGGAGCUUGCUAUGCAUAUUCGAAUCAAUGGAGAGGUUCUGUUUGGAGUCCUCCAAAGCCUACGAGGAGCUUUUACGACGUGUUAAAGAAAGAAUCUCUCAAGAGCUGUAAAUCCCGACUUGGCCGGUUGCUCUUCCAUCAGUCUGAAUCGCGUGAGGGAAAUAACAAUAGAACAAGCUUCACCGUUGUUAAUGCCGCAAAGACCAUUCAUAAGUGAAGAAUUCAAUAGGGGCAAGUUGCUCGGUGUUUCGGAUUGCAAGCUCCUGUGUGCAAGGUGAGAAGAUCCAUUCAUGGUGUCGAAUAUCUCACUCAAACCGCAAUUUAUUUGCUUUCGAUUGAAGGAAACUCGGGCUUGCUAGUUGCUUCUACAAAUUACAGAAAGCCGAGGUGGCCAAACCAUCGGAGUAGGCAGAUUCUCCAUCAUUUUUGCAUGAUUAAUAAGUUUUAUAACGCAGGAUUCUUUCUGUAUGUAUUUUACAGUGAUUCAUGCAAAUCGAGAAUGCUCAUACGCAAUCAAAUGUUGUACUAUUUUC